UUGAAAAUAUGAUCAUUGAUGAACAAUUUACAAAUAAAUUGGAACAACUCGGUGAGCGGAAAGUUCGACCAGUCAAAAAUGCAGUGCUUCGAAGAAAACUUAUUUAUGCUGAGCGUGCUUUCAGAAAACGGGUUGAUAAAGAUGAAAUAUCUGACAUAUGUUCAGGACUUGUUGACGAAAAAGAGGUUAUCGUCGUUACUGUAGAUCUGCCAAGUGGAUCGUUAUUACCAUUUACUUUACCAUUCACAUUUGAAGGGUAUCCUGUACUCAUUGAUUAUGGAACAGUUUCACCAUUCUACUCCCAUCGCAAUUAUCAUGAAAAGCUUAAGCUUGGUAUCAGUAUUGGGAAGGGGAAUUCAGAAAAUGCAU